AUGGAAGAUACUCCCCUCCAGCCAGCCAGCACAGAUCCCCGCGACCUCGCGGCCCAAGAAUCCUCCGCCUCGGUCCUCUUCCCAGGCUUCACAUCCACCACAGCCUGGAGCCUGGGCCUGGCCCUGCGCAGCCGAAUCCUCUCCCUGCCGCCCUCGCAACGAAAACCCGCGCUGAUCUCAAUCGCCCUGACGGGCGGCUCGGAGCCCCACGUCGUGUUCCAAUGCGCCACGGAGCCCGGCACCCUCCCGGACAACGAGGUGUGGGUGCGACGGAAGCGAAACACCGUGCUGCGCUGGGGCGUGUCGAGCUGGUUGAUGCGCGUGAAGAUGCUGACCAGUACGGGGCUCGGGGCGGGGGAGGUGGAGGGCGCGUUUGUGCGGAAACAUGCGCUGACGAGUACCGGGGGGGGAGGGGCGGCGGAUGAUUUUGCGAUUCAUGGGGGUGGGUUUCCGGUGAGGGUGAAGGGGGUGGAUGGGGUGGUUGGAGUGGUGGUGGUCAGUGGGUUGAAGCAGGAGGAUGAUCAUCAGGUGGUGGUGGAGGUGAUUCAGGAGUUUAUUGCGCAGGGAGGGGUUUAG